AUGGCCGGUAUCAACGCUUACGAAUUAAGAACUAAAUCAAAAGAACAAUUACAAGAACAACUUGUUUCUUUGAAAAAAGAACUUGCUAACUUAAAAGUUCAAAAAUUAACUAGACCAUCAUUACCAAAAAUUCACACUGUCCGUAAAGAUAUUGCUAGAGUUUUAACUGUUAUUAACCAAAACCAACGUGAAAAUGUUAGAGCUUUCUACGCUGGUAAAAAAUACCAACCAAAAGAUUUAAGAGCUAAAAAAACCAGAGCUAUCAGAAGACAAUUAACUAAAUUUGAAGCUAAACAAGUUACUGUUAAAGAUAAAAAGAAACAAAUUGCUUUCCCACAAAGAAAAUACGCUAUUAAAGCUUAA